AUGACUUCACGAACUUUUCCUCCGCCCCCCAAGUUGCCAAGCUUGUCAUCCUUUCGUUCUGCUGGCGAAAAUAACUAUUGCUCCUACAAUAAUUCUUUGUACUUACACUUCCUGUCAUCGUCACCUGUCCUCUCCAAAAGCCAUUGCUCGCUCCUAAAUCCGAACACAAUGACAAACUCCCGCCGUGCUCGAAAGAGACGCAGACAAGACUCUCCUACGGCAUUCAGACUGGAAGAUGGCCAACAUCCAAAAAGACUUGACUUGGAACAAGUGCCCGUCUACUCGAGAGACAAGGAGCUUGUUUCUCGUCUAGUCCGAGUCUACCAGACCUACGCGGGAUCUCUCUCUCAACAGGAGCAAAGUGAAUUUGUAAACAUGAUGCAGUCUGGCGACUAUAUGCUUCACAAGGGAGGCUCACCCCCUGUCCGAGCACCAAAGCAUCAUUUCUACAUACAAAUGUACGACAUUUCCAGCGCACUUUGGCUUCGCGAAGAAAUCACUUUCGUAAAGUGGGCUCUGCUAGCCACUUUAUACCCUUGCGAAACUCUUUAUGAGCUCGGCAAAGUCAUCGCGGACCUGGGACUGGACCGACGACCUUGCUUCAACAAGUAUGCCCGUUCGCACAAGACAACUCUGGAGAGCCUCGAGCUACCCAAUCCAUGGCAACUAGCGAAGCAAUGCACAGUAAGGAUUCGAAUCAUCUCUGUACUUGAGCUCGGGACAAGGAAUCCGAUCCGAAUUUUGCCUGAGAGCACGCCUGAACUGGGCCCGGUUGUCGCUUCAGAGCCCUCAGAAGAACCUCAAACUGAAGAUAUGAAUGGAGUUCCAGAUCACAUGAAUGUUUCGGGUCAUGUCAAAGACGCAUCCACAAACACCAUUCAGAUCGCAGAAAUCCUGUCGGUGCAAGUAACUCAAGCAGUUGUCGCCCGCCUCGAACGCGAGCGUGAUGCCGAUCGCAAAGAGAUGGCACAAUUAAGAGCAGAUGUCGCUCAACUCAAACACGAGCGUGCUGCUGAUCGCAAAGAGAUGGCACGACUGAGACAAGAGCGUGAUGCUGAUCGCAAAGAGAUGGUACGACUUGGACAAGCGCAGACUAAUCGCGAGAGGACUGAAAGACUUCUCGAAAGAAACCUUGACAAAAACACCGCGGCAAUCGAAAGCUAUCGUAGUGAUACUACAACUUCAUUGCAAAAAAUGCAAAACAAUCACGAAAAAUUCGAAGAAUUCGAACUGGAAAGGAUGUCGCAUCAGCAGAAGCUAGCAGCAUUAUUCCAAGAGCAUUAUGAGCGACUAGAAGUAGUGAAGGCAUCGUGA